AUGGAAAGUGAAAGGGAAAGUGGUAUGAAGAAAAAAAUCAAACUGAAAGUAGUGAAAUUUGUCAAAUCAUCGGAAAUCACCACAGUACCAGAAAAUUGGUUAAAAGAACAAGAUGAAGAUGCAGAAGAGAGUGAACAAAUUGUUAAAUGCUCGUGGCCAAACAAGAAAAGCAAGUAUGAAAUACAGGCGAUGAUAGAGAAAAGGUCAGCAAGCAAGAAUUCAUGGCCUACGUACUGUGUGGAAAUUCUUGGAACUGCCGACACAUUGCUAGAAGCUAAAGCCAAAGAAAAAAUAGCUUCUUCGGAUGAAAACUGCACUGAUAUUGACGCAAAGUACGAUCGUCUAAUGAAGGAAGCGCAAGAAAGGUUGACAUUGAAGUCCAAGAGGAAUCGAAAACGAAAGAAGCACGACGAUUACGUAUACGAUGCUGAAGUUGAUUCGUCCGAUUCUGAAUCAGACGAAUCAAGUGACCGUACCGGCGAAAAUGAUGGAUCAAACGUGCCUGAGGAGACGCCGCCCCGCGUGCCGCAAGACCAAAUCUUUAAACCUCAGGCAAGCUUUGCAACUAACAAUGAAUCGAUGGAGGAUGGCGACUCGAUGAAUGAAGAUGAUCUCUUGCACAAGAAGAAAGAUGAAUUUGAUAACAUACAGGACAACGCUGUUGGUGAUGGUACCAUUGCGCUUGAAGAGGAAAAUAUGGAUGAAAUUACCAAUGUUCUGGCUGAGACUCAAGAUUCACCCAAAGGACCACUUGAAACACUUGAAAAUGAAGAAGCUUUUCAUACAUCUCAAGCACCAUCGGGUCAACAAAAAUCUACAAGUAACGAGGAUUUAUCCAAAAGUGAAAGUACCACUGAAGGCAAACCUUGGAACAUUGUUCAAUUGUUGAAGUGGCGCGAUCUAACGGUGGUUCCAUCCAUCUGGGUAUCCAAAGAUAAAACGACUACCCGUUGGCCUCCCGAUGAAUCAAAAAAUCUUGUACGCAAUUACAUUGUUCAACGUGUAAAACCUUGUGACGACUGGAGAACCAUAAGUAUCAAGCAAUUCAUCGAUUCUGCAGAAACAUAUGCCUUGGCAUGCGAGUUUAUUGACAAGAAAGAAAAAGAUCUUGAAAAAGAUAAGAACUCACUAAGGAUUUCAAGUGAUAUUCACAUGGCCAACUCAACAGUAAAGGAGGACUUUUCGCCGAAAGAUUUUUUAAACAUAGACGAAAACGAUCUCAAUGCUAUGAAUUCAGACGAGAUGUUUAAGUGUACUUUGCGUAAGUUUUAUGUUCCAAUUUUAUAUAUAUUGAUUACUAUAGACGAGGUUUGGUGUCCAAGAGGUUUGUCGUAA